UUUUUCGGACUUAUAAUUAAAAAUUUAUUACAAAUAUAGCAAAGAAAAUAAGCAAUUAACUCUUGAUUAGACUAUUACCUUGAUAAAGUGAUUGAUUUUUGUGUGUUUCACGAUUCUGCGCAGGUAUCACUUAUACCGGUGCAAAACAAACCAUUAGGAAUCUGAUUUGAGUUGGUGCAUCAUGGCAUUCGAGGUGGAUUUUAAUUUUAAUGGAGGUAGGCGUGCGGAUAGUGGGCAUCAUUCUACGGGUAUUAAAUUUCCUUUUGGCACCGCUUUUCUGGCUGCGUGCGAGAAACCGGAGGCGAAUACCUCCUAUCAAAGAUACACUGCUUUUGAGAAGUGCUACAGAUAUUGCUGCGGCGAUACGCAGCGGAGAACUGACAAGCGAAGAAGUAGUAUCGAGGUACAUAACGAGAUUGCAAGAAGUGAACCCGCUACUGAACGCUGUCGUCGAUGAGCGCUAUCGUGACGCGUUGAACGAUGCUAGAGAAGUUGACCGAUUGAUCUCAGAAGCGAGAAUCAGAGGAAAUUUAGAUAAAUUGAUAGCUGAUAAACCAUUUUUAGGAGUUCCUUGUACUGUAAAGGAGAGCUGUUCGCUUGCUGGUCUAUCGAACGCCGUGGGUUGCCUGGAGCACGCAGGCCGGCGCGCGACCUCAGAUGGAGGAGGUGUGCGUGCGGUACGUCGCGCCGGCAUCAUACCACUUCUCGUGUCUAACACGCCCGAGCUAUGCCUAGGCUGGGAAACCACCAACCUGUUGCGUGGCACCACCAACAACCCAUACUGCCUGAACCGAACCGCUGGUGGAUCGUCAGGAGGAGAGGCCGCGUUGCUGGCUUGCGGCGCAUCCGCGCUCUCUGUGUCGUCGGACAUCGCCGGCUCCAUCCGCAUCCCCGCUGCCUUCUGCGGCGUGUACGGACACAAACCCACGCCAGGUAUAAUAUCUAUCGAAGGUCACGUUCCAACAUUAACAGAUGAAAACUACGCCAAGUUCCUAACAGUGGGUCCAAUGACGAGGUUCGCUGAGGACCUUGGCCCACUUCUGAAGAUUAUGGCAGGUGAUAAUGCACACCUAUUGGACCUCGACAAGCCCGUUCAUCUGGAUCAGUUAAAGGUGUUCCACAUGUGCGAGGCCACGUCGUCCGCCGCCCUGCUGCGGGUGCCGCGCGCCGUGCAGAGCGCCGUCACCCGCGCCGCGCACCACCUGCAGCGCCGCGGCGCCGCGCUCGCGCACGAGAAAUUUACAGAGCUGGAAGAUUCUGUAGAAAUGUCAGUAUCAGUUUUCUUCUCGAUGAAAGAUAUACCCAACAUGCUUCAAGAUCCCGCAAAUCCAAAACACGACAAGAGCCUCCUGCUGGAGCUGCUGAAGCUGGUGUUCGGCGGCGGCUCGCGCUCGCUGCAGGCGCUCGGGUUCGCGCUGCUGCAUCGCAAGAUGCUCUACAUCCCGCAGGCCGCCGUGCCGCACUACCGCCGCCGCGCCGCCAGGCUGCGGCAGCUCAUGCAGGAAAAACUGGGCGAUUCUGGGGUGCUGCUGUACCCGGUGCACAACUCGCUGGCACACUUCCACCAGCAGGUGUUCCUGCGCGCGUCAGGCGUCAUGUACACGAUGCUGUUCAACGUGCUGGGCCUGCCCGCCACCGCGGUGCCCGUGGGCAUGCACGGGGGCCUGCCCGUCGGCAUACAGGUUAUCGCUGCACCGAACCAGGACAGAUUGUGUUUGGCAGUUGCGAAGGAAUUAGAAAAGGGAUUCGGAGGCUGGCAACCCGCAGCAUAAAUUUAGUUAAGGCCACAUUUAGUAAUAAGUGUCAAUGUCAAUAAACCACAUAUAUGACGUGGUAUCUUUUAUAUGUAAUUUAAGUAUGUUAGUACUUAGUCGAUUUUGGAUUGCGUUUUCUAACUUCCUGGAGACUAAUCCAAGCGUGUUCUGUAUUGAAGUAAAGAUUUUUUACUCGACAGUUUAAAACGCAAACCAAUGUUUUUAUAAAAGACAAAUUUUACAUACGUCUAAAACUCAUUUCAAAGUGAAAUUAAAAACCAUCAAAGUAUGAAAUUCUUACUUAACAAAAAUUAUAUUUUCAUAUAUACUAUUUUAGAUGUCUAUUUAUAUUUAUUAAAUUAAAAAAUGAAUCAAUAAACCAUUAAAAUUUCUACGUAGCAUUAGAAUUCAAAAGAUUUAGAUGUUAUUUUCUUUACAUGUUUUUUUUAUAAAAAUUAUUUACAUUAAAGCUUUAACUAUAUGCAAAUCAAAAUUAAAAAUAGGUACUAGAUUAAAUUAUUACCGCAUGUUGGCAAAAAUGCUAGCAACAUUAACCCUUUUAUCGUAAUACCCAUUUUCGAUCCCGUGGGCAUAAAAUGAACCAGCCUUCAAGUAAUAAAAUAUGUAUUUUGCUUAAUAUGAAAUUUAUGUAAUGAAAUGGACUAUAAGUUAUAUAAACACUUAUAAGAAUAUAAGUCAUCUGUGUAUUGAUGUGUAAAUGUUUUCAAUGUUAGAUAUUUCACCAAUAAAAUUGGUGUCUAAUGAACAAAAUGUAUCACUUUUAUAAUAAUUAUCAAUUGUAAAUAAUAACCUAAAAUUAAUGUUAAUUAAUUUGUGUAAGAAUGAUUUAACUUUUUUUAAAUAAUAAUCUUUAACUG